GAAUAAUAAAAUUUAUUCGAAGCAAUUUUUUUUUUAGAAGAAAAUAAAAUCAAAAGGCUAAGAAGAGCAAGCAGGCUCUCUUUGAUUGAGUUGAUUUUUCUCUUAUUUGGGUUCUAAUGGACUGCACUUGCAGCAAUAACAGAACCCUUUCUCUCUUAAUUUCACAGACAUCCUCUUUUCGUUUUCCUCUCUCCUUUACCCCUUCAAAGCUCAGCUUAUCGAAAUUAAAGGGUGUUAAUCUGGUUAAGCAUCGUCUGGUAAUCAAUAACGCCUUUGGGUUCGACAGAGAUGGCUCUGUUAACGGGUUCGAUAUCACACCCAACAAGCUUUUCAUGCAAGAGGCAAUUGGAGCUGAAUAUGGAGAAGGUUUUGAAACUUUUAGACAAGAUGGGCCUCUUAAAGUUGAUGUGGACUUUUUAAAUGACAGACUGCAAGAAGGUUUCCUUCAACGAAUACGCUAUGCCAUGAAACCUGACGAGGCAUACGGACUUAUUUUCUCCUGGGACAAUGUUGUGGCAGACACUCGAACUUCGAAGGUAAAUGCAUGGAAGCAACUUGCCUCCGAGGAGGGAAAAGAAAUUCCUGAAGCUGAUGAUGUGCAAAGAAUGAUGCUUCUUGCAGGUGCUGACCAUGUAUUGCAUAAGGUGUUGUUCUGGGAGAAGGCACAAAGUGAAGUUGAGAGAUUAAAGUUGAGGUUUUCACAGAUAUAUUAUAAUAAUCUCCUCACACUAAUGAAACCAGUGGACGGACUGGAAGAGUGGCUUGACGCAGUGUCCACAGCCCGCAUCCCUUGUGCUGUUGUUUCAAGUUUAAAUCGGAGAAACAUGGUCGAUGCCCUAGAGCGGAUGGGACUGUUAAAAUAUUUCCAGGCAGUAGUUUCAGAGGAAGAUGGCAUGGAGUCAAUAGCUCAUAGAUUUCUUUCUGCAGCUAUGAAGUUGGACCGGAAACCAUCCAAGUGUGUGGUGUUUGAGGAUGAUCCCAGAGGCAUAACUGCAGCUCACAACUGCACUAUGAUGGCUGUGGCAUUAAUCGGCACUCACCCCGCGUAUGAUCUUGUCCAGGCUGAUCUUGCAAUUGGGAACUUUAACGAGCUUUCAGUGAUCAACCUCCGGAGAUUAUUUGCUAAUAAGGGCUCUACUUUCAUGGACAGACAAAAGCAGAUAAUUAAGGAUGCCCCUCCAAAAAGAAAGCUCACUGUUGACACCAUCUUUUGAUUCCAUUUCACUCAGCUUGACAUUCUUUCUUUUCCAAUUUUCUCCCUGUAAUUAAGCGUUCGAGCAUCGUCUAAUCUUGUCUAGCCUGCCCUUGUUUUUACCUUUCUCAUUUAAGGACAUUCUUUUACUAUAUAUUGUACUAAUAAUUGUAUGUAUCAACUGUUGUAUUGUGAUUUAAAAUCAGGAGUAGAUGGAGAUAGAAUCUUGGCAUUCUUGUUUCCUGGAUGUCGAUCAUCCAUCAUUCUUUAUCAACUAUUUAAAAUUUGUGUUUAUUAACUUGUAAAAAUAAUGUAUGCCUGUGCUAUAUGUAUUAUGUCAACUAA